AUGUCGUGGCUGUCAACGCUCAAUCCUGUGCCCGGCUUUCCGGAAUACAGCGGCCCCUAUGCCGUGGGUUCUUUCGACGUAGAAAUCCCCGUCUCGGAGCUCGAGUCGCCCAGCACGCCUCCCGAAUCGAGCGUGUCGACGACAUCCUUCCGCGUUUUCUACCCGUGUGAGCCGGGCUCCCAAGAGAGGGCGGUCCGCUGGAUCCCAUCGCCGCAAAGGGGCUAUGUGAGUGCAUAUGCUCGUUUCCUGGGAGCCGGAUCCGCCCUCGCCCAAAUCUUUGCCUAUGGAAUCGUGGUCAUUGCUCCGGACCACCGCGAUGGCAGCGCUCCAAUCUCUUACGUUCGCGCGACAGAUACUGCCGAGGCAAGCACCGUAGACUACCAAAACAUACCACACAAGCCCAGCAGAGAGGUUUUCGAAGCGAGAGAUGCGCAGCUAAGGAUUCGGCUCUGGGAGCUGGGGUUGAUCCACGAUGCAGUGCUGAAGAUGGAUGCAGGCGCCGAGGUGAAGAAUUUGGACCCGAACAAAUCUCGAGACGCAAAGAAAGAGACCAAUACCCUGCUUUCGAUGUUUAAAGGAAAGCUUGAUGUCCAACGGCCGGGUUCGAUUAGCUGGGCGGGUCACAGUUUUGGUGCGGCAACUGUCCACCAGCUCGUCAAGUCGGUCUUCUACCGGCCAGACUCGAAAAUCGAGGGCUACACUCCUCUGUUCACCCCGAGUCCGACUUCGCCGAUUGUCCAGCAGAUUACCAGCUCUACUCCCGUCAUCCUCCUGGAUAUCUGGUGUCUUCCGUUGACAAGUCCGAACACUAAAUGGUUGGCGGACAAGCCACUUCCGUGCUACGCGCCCGAAGGUCCAGGGGGGACUGCUCUACUUGCAGUCUUGAGCGAAGCAUUUGUCAAGUGGACUGAUCACUUCCAGGAGACCAAGCGCAGGCUUUCAGAGGAUCCUUCGUCGAACGCGCCGGAGCAUACGAAGCCUGCACCACGCUUCUUUUACCCGCUAGGCUCCGCUCAUCUCUCGCAGUCGGACUUCGGCAUUCUUUUCCGCUGGGUCGUCAAGAAAGUGCUCAAGACGGACGAACCCGAGCGGUACCUAAAGCUGAAUGUUCGUGCCAUUCUCCAGGUGCUGCGCGAGAAUGGUACCGAGGUGGCUGAUACGAGCCGAAUCGAUAUGGAGGAGGCCGGAGCUUCUGAUGAGAACCAGGGCAAGGCAGGAGAUUGGAAAAUUCUAGAGACAAAUGGAGCGGUCAGAGGCUGGGUAGCACUUUCCACAAGCCUUGACCAGCCCUCGGACGGAGGCGCGAAGGGCGAACCGCUCACUCAAGUCACCAAGGACGAGGGUGUGGAACUUUGA